AAUAUUCAGCUGCAAGGAGACCACAGACAAUACUGUGACCCUAUUGCUUUACCCUACAUGGCCAAUACAAGAAGUUAUUUUGUGUUGACCCUGCAUUCACUAUAUCCAGUCUCCCAGGACCCUGCAUUCACUAUAUCCGCUCUCCCAGGACCCUGCAUUCACUAUAUCCGCUCUCCCAGGACCCUGCAUUCACUAUAUCCGCUCUCCCAGGACCCUGCAUUCACUAUAGCCGCUCUCCCAGGACCCUGCAUUCACUAUAUUUGGUCUCCCAGGACCCUGCAUUCACUAUAUCCGCUCUCCCAGGACCCUGCAUUCACUAUAUCCGCUCUCCCAGGACCCUGUAUUCACUAUAUCUGCUCUCCCCGGACCCUGCAUUCACUAUAUCUGUUU